AUGAUACUUCGCGGGGCGAUCUUCGUCUUGCUGGCGCUGGUAUCGCUUGCGUUCUGCGCCGAAGACUUUUACAAACUUCUGGGAGUCGACAAAUCUGCCACAGACAAGCAGCUCAAGUCUGCGUAUCGCCAGCUCUCCAAGAAAUACCACCCAGACAAGAACCCAGGCGAUGAAACUGCGCACGAGAAAUUCGUUCAAGUGUCCGAGGCCUACGAAGUCCUGAGCGAUUCCGAGCUUCGCAAGGUGUACGAUCGCUAUGGCCACGAGGGCGUCAAGUCCCAUCGCCAGGGUGGUGGCGGCGGCGGCGGCGAUCCCUAUGACCUGUUCAGCAGAUUCUUUGGUGGCCACGGUCACUUUGGCAGAUCCAACCGCGAGCCCCGAGGCAGCAACAUCGAAGUUCAAGUAGAGAUUUCCCUUCGCGACUUUUACAACGGCGCAACGACCGAGUUCCAGUGGGAGAAGCAGCAUAUCUGCGAAAGGUGCGAGGGAUCAGGCAGCGCGGACGGAAAGGUCGAAACCUGCAAUGUCUGCGGUGGACACGGUAUCCGGAUCGUCAAGCAGCAGCUUGUUCCUGGCAUGUUUCAGCAGAUGCAGGUUCGCUGCGAUCACUGUGGCGGCUCGGGAAAGACCAUUAAGAACAAGUGUCCCAUCUGCCAUGGCAGCCGCGUCGAGCGCAAGUUGGCGACCAUUAGCCUGACCGUGGAGAGAGGCGUUGCAAGAGACGCCAAAGUGGUGUUCGAGAACGAAGCCGAUCAGAGUCCCGACUGGGUUCCCGGCGAUCUCAUCGUCAACCUGGGUGAGAAGGCUCCAUCCUACGAAGAUAACCCCGAUCAUGUCGACGGUACUUUCUUCCGGCGUAAAGGCCACGACCUGUACUGGACCGAAGUCCUCUCCCUACGCGAGGCCUGGAUGGGCGGCUGGACUCGCAACCUCACCCACCUCGACAAGCAUGUUGUACGUCUUGGCCGCGAACGGGGUCAAGUCAUUCAGAGCGGACACGUGGAAACUGUUGCUGGAGAGGGUAUGCCCAAGUGGCACGAGGAGGGCGAGAGCGUCUACCACACUCACGAAUUUGGAAACCUAUACGUUACAUACGAAGUCAUCUUGCCCGACCAGAUGGACCAGAAGAUGGAGGGCGAAUUCUGGGACCUCUGGGAGAAGUGGAGGCUUAAGAAGGGCGUGGACUUGCACAAAGAUAGCGGGCGGCCUGACGUGCCGCAUGAACGUGAUGAGUUAUGA